AUGCUGGCUCGCCGACUGGUUCCCUCCUGUGCUCAACUUCGCCCGCUUCGACUCUCGCAUCUAGCCGCAACCUCACCUUGCUACACGCGCACAUUUACUAGAACUGCGAUCACGUCUCUCCCCAUGGAGCCUGUUUUUACCAAGGACGCCUGUCCCCCUGCUGGCCCAUACAGCCAAGCCAUCAAGGCUGGCGGGCAGGUUUUCGUCUCCGGCCAAAUUCCCGCCGACAACACUGGCAAGCUCCUCGAGGGAAGCAUUGCUGAGAAGACUGACCUCUGCUGCCGCAACAUCUGUGCUGUACUGACUGCUGCUGGCUCCUCUAUUGAUAAAGUCGUCAAGGUCAACGUCUUCCUCGUUGAUAUGGCCGACUUUGCAGAGAUGAACGGAGUGUUUGAAAAGUAUUUCUCCCACAAGCCUGCUCGCAGCUGUGUUGCCGUGCAUCAGCUUCCCAAGGGUGUUCCAGUCGAGCUUGAGUGUAUUGCUCUCCAGUAG